CUACUGUUAUAUAUAUUUUUUAAUCAUGCUGUCAUUAUUCCAAUUGCAUUAAUUUCAUUUCUUGUUGAAUAUAUACAUAUUUAGUGAUGGGUUCUAGAAGGGAUAUGAUUAGGAAGUUUAUGCUUGAAGAAGAAGAAGAAGAUGAUGAGAUUUUUUUUGUCUUGGUUCCCACUUUAUACGCUUGCCUUUAUGAGGAAAAGCGACCCGUCCACACAUCAUCUCUUCCUGGUGCUAAAAAGGUGAAGGAAAUUCUAGAAGGACAUGAGAUCUGGUCUAAGGUUGAAUUUCGGAUGGAGCCAGAGAUAUUUAGGUCUAUAUCAGAUUUUCUUCAAAGAGAGCGCCUAUUAGAGGGCACACCUUUUCUUAGUGUUGAUGAGCAGUUCGGAAUGUUUAUGUAUUUGAUUUCGCACAAUGCCACCAAUCAAGACCUGCAAAAGCAAUUCCAACAUAGUGCCGAAACAGUGCAUAGGAAGUUGAAGAAGAUUUUCAACUUAAUUCCAACUCUAGUACAGAGAUUUGUACGGGUUCCAUCUUCAAUCCAUCCACACCCAAAGAUUAUGUCAAACCCUCGUUAUUGGCCUUAUUUUUAG